AUCGCAGCAAACUUCGCGUUGUAAUUCAAAAGCCGGCCUUGAGGUGUCAGAAAUUUUCGCAAAGGUUUUGUUUUGAUCUGAAAAAUUCGCUUUUCCUGCCGAUCUUCCCAAAAUUUCCAGCAAUGGAAGUGGAGAGGAAUCUAAAGGGGACAGAGGCAGAUGAAACAGAAGUGGAAUUUGCCAUUGUGAAUAGUGCCGAAGUGAAGAGAGCAAAUCGGGUGGCUCUGGAGGCCCUUCUGGAAGGAUUUGGCAAGGAAUCUCUCGUGACAACUUUUCUGAACCAUGACAUCAAUUUGCGGAAUAUCUCUCUGCUGACCAAUGAGGAUUUGGAGCUUCUCGGGGUGGACAAUGAAGAUGUCAGGGCGGAGAUGCUCAGAGAAUUUGCUAGUCAGCCUAAUCAAGUCACUGGAUAUGAUGAGAUGAUUCAGAAAAUCGACCAGGAGACUUACACAACCAACUCAAUGAGGAACAUCAUAUCUCACCUCCAAAAUCUCCAGUCCUCUGUCCUGGCCUCACAUCUUAAGCUCUACCUGGAGAAUCCCAACGAUAUUCCCAUUGGGGAUCAUGCAUUUGCGUCCACAUAUGUGAUUAAAGCCCUCAACGAGAUUACAAAGAACGCCCAGGAGAUGGAUUCAGAACUGAUCAAGAUACAAGAAGACUACAAUAGAAUGAAUGUGCCCAAGAAGAAAUCCGGACACCACUUGAGGGCGUUCGGGGGCUUUAUAGGUGCCAUCCUGGGUGGCUAUUUUCUGUAUAAAUUGGCCACAUCGCGGGCCAAUUUGACCAAAUUAACUGAGUACCUUCAGCCAUUCCUCGAAAACCAAAUUGUACCUCAGAGCUGGUGAUACGAAAUCUGCCAAAUGGAUCUACUAAAAAUGCCUUUAGUCGUGUGGGCGGGAGGAGUCUUUGAACGGACAACACUAGGAGGCACCUUGCUGUGUAUAGCUGAUGAGGAAAUAUUUUCUAUUUAAAAAAAAAAGUUAUUUUCAAUACAAUAUUUUUCUGCUCUCUCAUGGA